GAUGAGGAACUUGAGGCACGUGACUCUCCCCGGGCCAUUUAGGUUAGCAGAGCAGGGACCAGGUUUCCUGACUUCCAGGCCAGUCUUCAGUGCUCGACCUAAUGGGAGCUUAUAAGGAAUGGAAAGAGGGUAUAUGCCUUUACCUAUUUGGCAGCAGCCUGGGGCUGGGGGGACUCCUGCUCCUGGCUGUGGUCGUUCUGUCUGCCUGUCUGUGUCGGCUCCAUCGGAAAGUGAGGAGGCUGGAGAGGAGCUGGGCCCAGCUCUCAGAGCAAGAGCUCCACUACGCAUCUCUGCUGUCCGUGCCUUGCCGUGAGGGGCCUGGCCUCAGCCAAAGGGAAGGCUCCAAGGAGGACCCCAGCAGUGACUAUGCCUGCAUUGCCAAGAACUAAUCCACCUGAGCUCCCCCAAACGCCUUCCCCCAACCCAGGACUGUGGUCCACCCAGUAAAGACCGUGGUCUCACCACCUUCUGUGCCUUGGGGUUCUCAGUUCAACUCAACUCAGUCCCAUUUCAGCAUGACCGCCAUCAAAACUUAAGCAAGGUUAUCUUCCCACCCACUCUGGGAUUGAGUAGUGAUUUCUCGGGUGUUUAGGAACCCAAGCUUCCCUGAAGGCCAGAAAGAGUACAUGUGUGAGCCUGGCUGGAAUGGGGAGUUAACAGGUGGGGCUAAUCCGAUCCCAUAUGCCCCAUUUCUCAGGAGAAUCAGAUCUAGCCCCCUGCACCCCAGAGAGGUGGAGGUGUUGAGUCCUGGAUGGUGAUGGGAGAGGCUCCAGACACAGUUACUGGGAAGGUCGCUCCUUGGACCUUUCCAGGCCAGGCUUGGCAGAAGGGAGAGUUAGGAAGAGUCAGGGGACCCCAGAGAGGGACAUUUUUGGGUACCUGGAGAAUGGAAAAGGAAAAACAUGAGACUCAUAAGGAGUUAGUGGUAGGGCAGAGAAGGAUUUAUUGGGGUCUCUUGAAGAGGGUUGGGAUGGCUGAGGUCUCGAAUCACUCAUCAGAGGCCAUCUGAGGAGUGGCAGCAUGUUCCCAGGUGACAGUGGCCUGCAGGAGAGACAACAGGGGUUGCCCAUCGCCACAGCCCUCCUCUUCCUGGUCUCUGUCUCCCCCUCCUCCAGCUCUCUUCCACCAUUGCCCUGGCCCCAUUCCUUACAUUUGCCUUGGUAAUAGAUGGUGCUGCCCAUGGCCACAGAGAUAAAGCUGAAGGCAUAGAAUGCCGCCCGAAGGAGGAGGACUGUGCUGGCCCCCAGCCAAGGAGGUCCUGAAUGUAGGCGGUAGAAGGAAGGGCUUGGUAAGGGGGGGGCCUCAGGAAGAAGCAUGCACAGGCUCAGGGAGGGACAGAGAGCAGGAGGCCUCAGGGAAAGAUUCCCAACUUCCGGGGAGAGGGGCCUCCCACCUCACCUUUUUCUAUCACCAGCAGAGUCCCAUUCCCUGUUCCAGCACCAAGACCCAGCACCUCCACCCUGCACACGUAGACUCCAGUGUCACAGUCUUGGGUAUCCCAGAUGUGCAGCUCAGCCUGGUGGUCACAGAGGAAACGGGAAGAGGCAAGAGGGGCCAGGCGGCCCCUGAACUCUGGCGUCUCAUUCCUCACUUCCU